CCAUAGCGUCAAAGACUAUACACAAUCAUAAUAAUCCUUUGGGUCAAUUGACUAAGCAUUCAUAUUGAGUUUACUAGCAGGCCAGAUAUAGCCAGAUAUAGCUCUCUGCUGUAAAAUGCCUAAUUACAAGUUAAUGUAUUUCAAAUUACGUGCUCGAGGUGAACCAGUUCGCUUAAUGUUGGCACUCUCUGGAGUGAGCUAUGAGAAGGAACAUUUUGAAUUUGGGUCCGACGAAUGGAAUAAGACUAAGUGUGAUGAUUCAAAGUAUCCUUUCAAUCAAUUGCCUGUUUUGGAGGUGGAUGGGACUCCAAUUGCACAUUCAAUGACUAUUUUAAGAUAUUUGGGGAGAGAGUAUGGAUACGCUCCAAAAAGCUCUCUUCAACAAGCCUUAGCUGAUGGUAUUGUUGAUCAGUGCCAGGAUUUAACCGAUUAUUUUAUUUGGUUAGUUUUCUUAGAAAAAGAUGCCAAACGAAAGGAAAAAAUGAAAGAAAAGUGGAAGCUAAUACCAACUUUGAAAAACUUUGAAACAAUCUUGAAACGCAAUGGCUCGGGAUGGUUUGUUGGCGAUAAGUUAACGUAUGCAGAUAUUGCUUUUUUUGGAUUUUUUGACGUCUAUGUGGCUUUUGGAAAGUCAGAAACACCAAAAGAACUCGAUAACUUUCCAUUGGCUAAAGCUUUGUAUGAACGCGUCAAAAAGGAACCUAAAAUUGCCGAAUAUCUGAAAACAAGACCAGAUGAUUUGCCUAUUUGAAAGACAUAGUAAUGCAGCUAUUCCAAUUUUUGCUUUAACUCGAGAGCUUUAAAAACAUGUCUAUCAAAUCUGAUUUUUUAUAGUAUCUAUUUGUCUGCUUAAAUGGUUAUAUCCAUCUCAAUUCAGACCUCUAUAUACGUGAUAUUUUACAUAGCUGCAUGUGUUAUGCUUUGGCAUUUGCUAUGACAACUUUAUCAUUUCUUUAUAAUUAAAUAAAAGGAUAGCUUAAAAAAA